UGUGACCAGCAGCUCAUUUGCAUAACGCAUCACAACAGCCACGCGUGUCACAAACGUGUCACAAUGCCACUGUAAGCAGGGAAGCCUAUAAAUACAACCUGCUGGCCCAGCUGCUGCUCAACCCUUAAUGGGACAGUGAAGGAGACAGACCGUAUCUAUCUGAUUGCUUUCCGCAGUCAGAGCCACCGCAGUCUGAAUCCAAAACUUGAUUCUUGCAGAUAUUUUGUUUGCAGGUUUCGCAGAUAGAGAAGAAGAUCUUGAAUAAGAAUGUGGAACGGUUUCCCAUUCUCGUGCUGCCGCAAGGCAAGCCUACCGGAUGAAGAGUCAUCAACUGGGGCCCAUCGCCCUGCUGUCCAGGACAGCGUGACCGGAAGAUCUGGUGAGAGACGAUCGCUCCUCUGGUGCUUUAGACGCCUUAUGACCAAACGGAGACAACCCAAAGCUGGCCAAACCGAUGUCACCCACCUCGUCAGUGACAGCCUAAAGAGUUCCCUGUCGUGCGUUGACUUAACAAACUUCACCCAGGCCACAGAUAAUACUUUUGGGAAGAGAUCUGCGUCUCCAAAAUGCCAGAUGGUGCGGGCAACCACCAGCGAGCUCCUGAGCAAUCUUGGGGAGUUCAUAUGCCGGAGAUGUGACAAGAUGAAGAAUCUGUCACCAACAAACAUCAUUUCAUGGAUGACAUAUAUAGACAAGCUUCUCACUGGAUGGGAACAGCCAGUAGGCUUUCUUACCCCAGGCAAUGUCGUCUUUCUAUACAUGCUCUGCCGAGAAGUCAUUUCAUCAGAGCUGGACAACGAGCAAGAACUACAGGCACAUAUGUCAACAUGCCUGUACCUGGCUUUCACAUACAUGGGCAGUGAGACCACCUACCCACUGAGGCCUUUCCUGGUCGAAAGCUCAAAGGAGGCCUUCUGGAGCCGUUGCCUCUCUGUGAUUAACCAGAUGAGCUCAAAGAUGCUGCGCAUCAAUGCCGACCUUGAAUAUUUCACCGAGGUCUUUAAUGAUCUCAGAGCUGAGGGUGGACAGGAGAACACAAAUAUGGCUUAAACAUCAUGUCCAUCCAAGCUGUCCGAAUAUGGAUGACGUCACCUUGGCCUAUAUCACCUGACUUUAAACCAGCUAUGGAAGAGAAGUCAUUGCCAGAACAACGUCUCCUGCUAUCUUGCUAUCAGCUCCAGGCUCUGCACCAUACACCACAAGCUCCAUCAUCAGCUCCAGGCUGUGCGCCAUAGACAGCCUGUGCUCCACACAAAGCAAGAUCUCCCACCAAUCCAGCCUAUGUGACCUUCAUAGCCGGUCCCAAGCCCAGAGUCCAGUGGAGCAGAGUCCUGCAGGGGGCGCUCCUCAGGAUCUUGAGAAAGACUUGGCCCAGCGCCAACCAGCCAGACAUCUCCUCUCCUAUUGGUCGGUUGAGGUCCGCUCAUUGGGAUGAUCCCGUGAUACUACAACAACAAUACACAACAGAAAGUUAAAUGAACGUACGAGAACGCUGCUUCCAGGGAGAUGUAGCUGUUGCCCUGGGCGACGUGAGGGUAGCUCGCUGCCGGAGUCCGGGCCGUAAUGAUAAAGAUGGCUUCUGGAAUGCUCGGAUGCACGCGUGUUGGGCAGGAGGAUCUGGGUGAUCUUUGGAGAUGAAAUUCCAGCGUCGUAGGAAGAUUUCUCCCUGUCAUUGCUGAGGUGCUGCCUUGCGGGGCUGCCGACGUGUCCUGCGUGUAAGGACACCUCUCUUGUGUUCACAUUUCGGGCUCUGCAUUGACCUUGGGAAAAAUACAAAUGUUAUUGUUUCAUGCAUCAAAUUACAGGCUUUGUGUCAUUCUGGGGCAACUCGAGCCCAGGCUUCGGCCUACAAUUAGUGUUAGUGCAUAGGGACCUGACAAUUUCUAUAUUUCCCACAAAAUACCCCUUUUUAGCUCUGUGUCCCAGCCUCGAGUGUCAGGUUCCCCCAGAACACACCUAUCCAGUUGUCCACAGUGACUGGUGUCUUUCAGCAGUGACCAUGAUUCAUGCUGACAUGUCAACCAUGGACAAUGAA